CCGGGCACGGGCACCGGACACCGGCACAGACACUGACACGGACACCGGCUCCGGCUCCGCCGCCUCCAGCGCGGCCCGGCCCGCUCCAGGAACAAUGGCAGAGCCAUUCCUUGUGGAGAGCCCCAACGUCACCUACAGCAAGGACUUCAUCGAGGCCAAGUACACGUACAGCACCGUGCACGUCUGCAAGGAGAACGGCGUCACCAAGGUGCGGCCGUGCUCCACCCGCUUCACCUUCCGCACGGCACGGCAGGUCCCGCGCCUGGGGGUGAUGCUGGUGGGCUGGGGGGGCAACAACGGCACCACGGUGACGGCGGCGGUGCUGGCCAACAGGCUGGGGCUGUCCUGGAUGACCAAGACCGGGUGCAAGAAAGCCAACUACUACGGCUCCCUGCUCCAAGCCUCCACCGUGUGCCUGGGCACCGGCCCCACCGGGGACGUCUACGUGCCCUUCCGGGACCUGCUGCCCAUGGUGCACCCCAACGACAUCAUCUUCGACGGCUGGGACAUCUCCUCGCUGAACCUGGCGGAGGCCAUGCGGCGGGCGGAGGUGCUGGACUGGCCGCUGCAGGAGCAGCUCUGGCCCCACAUGGAGAAGAUGAAGCCCCGGCCCUCCAUCUACAUCCCCGAGUUCAUCGCCGCCAACCAGGAGGAGCGGGCGGACAACGUCCUCCAGGGCUCCAUGGCCCAGCAGGUGGAGCAGAUCCGCAGGGACAUACGGGACUUCAAGGAGAUCACCGGGCUGGACAAAGUCAUCGUGCUGUGGACGGCCAACACCGAGCGGUUCUGUGACGUCGUGCCGGGGCUCAAUGACACCGCCGAGAACCUGCUGAGGGCCAUCGAGAAAGGCCUGGAGGUGUCCCCGUCCACGCUCUUCGCCGUGGCCAGCAUCCUGGAGGGCUGUGCCUACAUCAACGGCUCCCCCCAGAACACCUUCGUGCCGGGGGCCGUGGAAUUGGCCGCCCAGCGCCGCGUCUUCAUCGGCGGCGACGACUUCAAGUCGGGUCAGACCAAGCUCAAGUCGGUGCUGGUGGAUUUCCUGGUGGGCGCCGGGCUCAAGACCAAAUCCAUCGUGAGCUACAACCACCUGGGCAACAACGACGGGAAGAACCUCUCGGCGCCGCAGCAGUUUCGCUCCAAGGAGAUCUCCAAGAGCAACGUGGUGGACGACACGGUGCAGGCCAACCCCAUCCUCUACGGGCCCCAGGACAAGCCCGACCACUGCGUGGUGAUCAAGUACGUGCCCUACGUGGGGGACAGCAAGCGGGCGCUGGACGAGUACACGUCGGAGAUCAUGAUGGGCGGCACCAACACCAUCGUCAUCCACAACACCUGUGAGGACUCGCUGCUGGCCAGCCCCAUCAUCCUGGACCUGGCCAUCCUGACGGAGCUGUGCCAGCGCAUCACCUUCUGCACCGAGGCCGAUCCCGAAUUCCAGGGCUUCCACAGCGUCCUCUCCAUCCUCGCCUUCCUCUGCAAGGCCCCGCUGGUGCCCGAGGGCACCCCCGUGGUCAACGCGCUCUUCCGCCAGCGCAGCUGCAUCGAGAACAUCCUGAGGUACCCGGGGGUCCCCCCGUCCUCGUGGGCACCACGUCCCACCCGCCCCCAUGCCCACGGUGGCACCCAAAGGCUGGCAGGGGUCCUGUCGGGGGAUACCCAAGGUGGCAGCACCAGUGGGCCCCAGUGCCCGUCCAUGGGGUGUCCAAAUCCAGCAGGUCCUGGAGCCCAAGGCCUGGGGUGCCCGGUGCUGCUGGGUGGGGUCCCAGUGCCAGUAUGUCCUGACGGGUGAUGCCCACAGGUCCUG